CUCCUCAACCCUGUUUGGUGCAUCUUUGGUGGAAAGUAAGGAGGAGAACAUUCCCAUUGUAGCCAUUUGUAACUAUACGUUUACCUCUGAGUACUGCCUUCACCGCAUCCUGUUCUUUGGCAUGGACACAGGUUCAGUGGGAGGAUUGGAAUUGACUGAACAGACUCCUGUUUUGUUAGGGGCUACCACCAUGGCAACUAGUCUGACGAAUGUAGGAAAUACGUUUAGUGGUCCACCUAAUCCAUUAGUCUCUAGAUCUAGUAAAUUUCAAAACUCAUCAGUGGAAGAUGAUGACGAUGUUGUUUUUAUUGAACCUGUACAACCUCCCCCACCUUCUGCACCAGUGGUGGCUGAUCAAAGAACUAUAACAUUUACAUCAUCAAAAAAUGAAGAACUACAAGGAAAUGAUUCUAAAACUCUUUCUUCCUCGAAAGAAUUGGCUUCUCAGAAGGGAAGUGUAAGUGAAACAAUUAUCAUUGAUGAUGAAGAGGACAUGGAAAUAAAUCAAGGACAAGAGAAAAAUUCCUCCAAUUUUAUUGAACGGAGACCUCUUGAAACUAAAAACAGAACCACUGAUGUGGGUUUCUCCACUUCCAGUUUUUCGAGAAGUAAGGUAAAUGCAGGAAUGGGUAAUAGUGGUAUUACCACAGAACCAGACUCUGAAAUUCAGAUUGCUAAUGUUACAACCUUAGAAACAGGUGUGAGCUCUGUGAAUGAUGGCCAAUUAGAAAAUACUGAUGGGCGUGAUAUGAACUUAAUGAUUACACAUGUAACAUCACUGCAGAAUACCAACUUGGGAGAUGUCUCUAACGGACUGCAGUCAAGUAAUUUUGGUGUUAAUAUACAAACGUACACCCCAUCUUUAACUUCACAGACCAAGACUGGAGUAGGACCUUUUAAUCCUGGUAGAAUGAAUGUGACAGGAGAUGUAUUUCAGAAUGGAGAAUCUGCAACUCAUCAUAAUCCUGAUUCUUGGAUCUCCCAGUCAGCUUCAUUUCCCCGUAAUCAGAAACAACCUGGAGUGGAUUCUUUAUCACCAGUCGCCUCACUUCCUAAGCAGAUUUUCCAGCCUUCUGCCCAGCAGCAGCCCACUAAACCAGUUAAAGUCACAUGUGCAAACUGCAAAAAACCUUUGCAGAAGGGACAAACAGCUUAUCAACGAAAAGGAUCUGCUCACCUGUUUUGUUCUACCACCUGCCUUUCUUCCUUCUCUCACAAGCCUGCUCCAAAGAAACUCUGUGUUAUGUGUAAAAAAGAUAUAACAACAAUGAAAGGAACCAUUGUUGCUCAAGUGGAUUCAAGUGAGUCCUUCCAGGAGUUCUGUAGUACAUCUUGUCUGUCUCUCUAUGAAGACAAACAGAAUCCUACUAAAGGAGUUCUAAAUAAAUCAAGAUGUACCAUCUGUGGUAAACUAACAGAGAUUCGCCAUGAAGUUAGCUUUAAAAAUAUGACUCACAAGUUGUGCAGUGACCACUGCUUUAAUAGAUACAGAAUGGCAAAUGGUUUAAUAAUGAAUUGCUGUGAACAAUGUGGAGAGUACUUACCAAGCAAAGGUGCUGGAAAUAAUGUUCUGGUGAUUGAUGGUCAGCAGAAAAGAUUUUGCUGUCAGAGUUGUGUCAGUGAAUAUAAACAGGUAGGUAGCCAUCCAAGCUUCCUGAAGGAGGUCCGAGAUCACAUGCAGGACUCUUUCUUAAUGCAGCCUGAGAAAUGUGGAAAACUGACUACUUGUACUGGCUGCCGAACACAGUGCAGGUUUUUUGAUAUGACUCAGUGCAUAGGUCCUAAUGGAUAUAUGGAGCCAUACUGUUCAACUGCUUGCAUGAACAGUCACAAGACAAAAUAUGCAAAAUCACAAAGUUUGGGAAUUAUUUGCCAUUUUUGUAAGCGAAACUCUUUACCUCAAUACCAAGCCACAAUGCCUGAUGGAAAACUGUAUAACUUUUGCAAUUCCAGUUGUGUGGCUAAAUUUCAGGCUCUAAGUAUGCAGUCAUCUCCAAAUGGCCAAUUUGUGGCUCCAAGUGAUAUCCAGUUGAAAUGCAAUUACUGCAAAAAUUCCUUUUGUUCAAAGCCAGAAAUCCUGGAAUGGGAGAACAAAGUGCAUCAGUUCUGCAGCAAAACUUGUUCAGAUGACUAUAAGAAGUUGCAUUGCAUAGUUACAUAUUGCGAAUACUGUCAAGAGGAGAAGACUCUUCAUGAAACAGUAAAUUUCUCUGGCGUUAAGAGACCUUUCUGUAGUGAAGGCUGCAAACUAUUGUAUAAACAGGAUUUUGCAAGACGUUUAGGAUUGAGAUGUGUCACUUGCAACUAUUGCUCUCAGCUAUGUAAGAAGGGAGCAACAAAAGAACUUGAUGGUGUUGUGAGAGAUUUCUGCAGUGAAGAAUGCUGUAAAAAAUUUCAGGAUUGGUACUACAAGGCUGCAAGGUGUGACUGUUGUAAAUCUCAAGGAACUCUUAAAGAGCGAGUACAGUGGCGUGGAGAAAUGAAACAUUUCUGUGAUCAACAUUGCUUACUACGUUUCUACUGUCAGCAAAAUGAACCCAACAUGACAACUCAGAAGGGACCUGAAAACUUACACUAUGAUCAGGGUUGUCAGACGUCCCGAACCAAAAUGACAGGUUCAGCACCACCCCCUUCUCCAACACCCAACAAAGAGAUGAAGAACAAAGCAGUCCUUUGCAAACCUUUAACAAUGACAAAAGCCACUUACUGUAAACCUCACAUGCAGACCAAAUCUUGUCAGACAGAUGAUAAUUGGAAGACAGAAUAUGUUCCAGUGCCUAUUCCUGUGCCUGUGUAUAUCCCAGUACCUAUGCACAUGUACAGUCAGAAUAUUCCUGUUCCUACUACAGUUCCUGUUCCUGUGCCAGUUCCUGUUUUUCUACCUGCCCCAUUGGAGAGCAGUGAGAAGAUCCCUGUAGCAAUUGAGGAGAUAAAAAGCAAAGUUUCCUCAGAUCCUCUUGAUACAGAGUUGCUUACAAUGACAGAUACGGUGAAUGAAGAUGAGGGAAAACCAGAAACUGCCAACAUCAGCAGUGUAAUUAUUGAAACAGAUAUCAUUGGUUCAGAUAUCUUGAAGAACUCUGACUCAGAGACACAAUCCAACAUGCCUGAUGUACCAUAUGAACCAGAUUUGGAUAUCGAAAUAGAUUUUCCCAGAGCGGCUGAGGAGCUUGAUAUGGAAAAUGAGUUUUUAUUACCACCUGUUUUUGGAGAAGAAUAUGAGGAACAGCCCAGACCUCGAUCUAAGAAAAAGGGACCAAAGAGAAAAGCUGUAUCAGGAUACCAGUCUCAUGAUGAUAGUUCUGACAAUUCAGAAUGCAGCUUUCCUUUCAAGUACACAUAUGGUGUAAAUGCAUGGAAACACUGGGUCAAAACUAGGCAACUUGAUGAAGAUCUCCUGGUAUUAGAUGAACUAAAAUCUCCUAAAUCAGUAAAGUUAAAAGAGGAUCUUCUCUCUCAUUCCACGGCUGAGCUUAACUAUGGGUUGGCCCAUUUUGUCAAUGAGAUCCGACGCCCAAAUGGAGAGAAUUAUGCACCUGACAGCAUUUAUUAUCUUUGCCUUGGAAUACAGGAGUACUUGUGUGGGAGUAAUCGAAAAGACAAUAUAUUUAUUGAUCCAGGAUACCAGACAUUUGAGCAAGAAUUGAAUAAAAUACUUAGGAGUUGGCAACCAAGCAUACUUCCAGAUGGAUCAAUAUUCUCUCGAGUUGAAGAAGAUUAUCUCUGGAGGAUAAAACAACUAGGAUCACACUCUCCAGUAGCUCUUCUGAACACCUUGUUCUACUUUAACACUAAGUAUUUUGGCCUGAAAACAGUAGAACAACACUUAAGACUUUCCUUUGGCACUGUGUUUAGGCAUUGGAAAAAAAAUCCUUUAACGAUGGAAAACAAAGCAUGUCUUCGAUACCAAGUGUCUUCUUUAUGUGGAACAGAUAAUGAAGAUAAAAUUACUGCUGGUAAAAGAAAACAUGAAGAUGAUGAGCCAGUAUUUGAACAAAUUGAAAACACAGCCAAUCCUUCUAGAUGUCCUGUGAAAAUGUUUGAAUGCUACUUGUCUAAAAGUCCACAGAAUCUUAACCAGAGAACGGAUGUUUUUUAUUUGCAACCAGAAUGCUCUAGUUCUACAGAUAGCCCUGUCUGGUACACGUCUACUUCACUGGACCGAAACACCUUGGAAAAUAUGCUUGUACGGGUUCUUUUAGUAAAAGAUAUUUAUGAUAAAGACAAUUACGAACUGGAUGAAGACACAGACUAGAAUGGAAUGUUUUGGAAACAACCAGGAUGAAACAGCAUUAGCUAGUCAUGCUGCUAGAUCUUUAUUACAGAAAACAUUUCAAGUUUACUCCUUCUGUUUUGAGUUUUGUAGCAGUGUACCCAAAUGGGGUAUUACCAUGUAAAUAAUCUGUGAGUGAAAGUUGCCAUUAUUCUAUGUAGUGGUUUUAGGAUACUUAACAAAUACAAAGGGUUUUUUUUUUUUUUUUUUUUUAAUUAUUAUUAUUAUUAUUUAUUUGAUUAGGUAUGUUUGUAACUUUUUACAUUACAAAAUAUGAAUGAGAAUGUGCCAUGUGUAAUUUUUUUCUCAUAGUAAGAAACAUCCAUAUUGCACAACCCUGCUGUUGCAAAGCUUUCUUGAAAGGGGACUCUCUUACUGGUUCUUAACCAGAUGGUUGUGUAUGGGUAGCACUACUAAAAGUUUAGAACUUGCAGUGUCUUUCAGAAUUUUAAAAAUAAACUGUAAACUAAUAGGUUGGGGUUUUUUUUUUGUUUGUUUGUUAUUUUUGUUGUUUUGUUUUAUGUUUUAGUUACUGAAGCCUUACAAGGUUAUGUAGAGAAUACCAUCUUCUGUACCAAAAAUAGACAAGAGAAUGCUGUCAAUAUUGGUGUACUGUAAUGUGAAUCUAUACUGAUGAAAACAACUUUUUGUUCUCAUAUUAAAACCUUAGUGUCUUUUUUUUUUUUUUUCAUUUGUGGCUUUCUGCAUCACCCCUAUAAGUAUAUAUAUGUAUAUGUAUAUAUAUGUGUGUGUGUGUAUAUAUAUGUAUAUAUAUAUAAAGAAUGACUAUAAGUUGAAAACAUGAUCAUCAAGACAUUUUCUUUGUAAAAAUGUCUGAUGAAAGUAUAAAAUCCUUUUUUUCCUCCCCAUAUCAACCUUAAGUAUCUGAAAUCUUCAGUUACAGAGGUUUGACUUUUCUUUAUUUUUUUGUCUUUAGCAUAUGGCUCAUGCUGCAAUAUUACCUGAGUAGAAUAUUAUAAAACUUUACCAGUUUUUUAUUAGAAUUCUCAUGCCUGUCCUCAAAUAUGACUGAUUCAUACAUUGAAUAAAAUUAUUUUUAGAAAUGCCACUCCUGAAAUAGUUAUUAUAGAAACUCAAGCUACUUUAAGUAAGGUAUUAUCACAUCUUACUAUGAAGAUUGCCAGUGUAAUAAUUCUGAUAUCUCAGGUGAUUGAAGAACAAAGAAACUGAUGGUUAAAGUAUAUCUCAAAGGAAAUUACAUUUGAUGUUAAAUUGUUUGGUUUUUAAAAAAUAAUUGUUAUAGAAGAUUGCUUUAAAAAAAAAGGCUUUGUGCUUCUGCAUAGCAGUUUAUCCAUUCAGAUCUUCUAGAAUAAGGAAAUUUAUUUAAAAUCCUACUUUCUAAAAAGACUGAGCAAAAAUGCUAGCCACAUAUUAUAAAUCUUAUGGCUAACUUCAUGUAGCAUGUAUGUAAUCAUGUUGUUCCUAGUUCCCGAACCACCAUGGUGACAUCAGUUUUUAAAAAUUCAUGAAAAUCAGUCUGUUUUCCACCAUGGCUAUGCAGUGUCUACACGUCAUUUAGAUAUUGCCUUCUCCCUUAGAAUGAAUGUUAGCCACAAAAGAAAUUUUCUCGUUCAUGGUUUGGAAAAUUUCACAGGUGUAAUCGGUGUAUAUUUAAGCAAUAAGUAUCUGAAAUGUUUUUGGCAUAGAAAAUUACUUUAUACUGUUCUAACUUGUUUUAUAACAAGUUUGAAUAACUUUUCUGCCCCUUAAAUAGAUUUUAUAAUUUUUGGCUAAUAAUCAGACAGUAGCAAAUCUGAUAUUACCUUACUAAAGUAAAUUGCUCAUCGUCUCUUUAAUGAAGAAAAGUGGGUAGCAUAUUUAAAAUACAUCUCAGACUUCUCUUUUUUCAAUACUACGUCUUUAAGCACUUUUCUUAGAAGUGCAUAUUGUUGAUUAAAAGGUGGUUAACUCUAACCGUUUUUUAAUCUUUACAGUGGUGCUAUAUUCCAUCAAGAGCAAUGCAGUUUUUUUCCAAAUAUCAGUUAUUGUAUAUUUUACCAAGCACCAUAAAUUUCUAACAUGGUACUAUGAUUUAAACACCUUGCUAUUUACAUUUCUUUUACUUGUAAAUUGUAGCACUUUUAAAAGGAAAUGUCUGUGUAGUUUUGAUCUUGACAUGAUUCAAGAUUUACACAUUUUAUCUUGAUUGCAGUCCAAGGGUUGAUUAACUUGAUUCUCAGAGGGAAAGAAAAAUCUGUUUUAUGAGAAUUGUGUUGCCCUGUGAAACAUUUCGCCCAGAACACAUUUCAUUAACUUCUGGAUAUAUUUAGUUUGUAUGGUCGUGGCUGACUGCUGAGAAAAAGGACAGUGAAAUAAUAGAUACUUUUUGUUUUUUGGUGAUUUCUGAUUAUAGCGUCCUGUAAGUAUAACUUUAUUGUUUUGAGAUAUCUAUUGGAGAUGCUAUAUUUUUCUCUUUUGGAGAUUUUGCCAUUCAAAAUGAGCUAAUGAAAAAAUUUUUAUCCAUAUUGAGAAAGUGGAUUUCCCAGGCAAAUUAAAUCUUCGUUAGCACAUUUCUUUAGGCUUUUAAGGUAAGAAAGUGCUCAACUUUUUUUUUUUUUCAUAAAAAUACUACUUGUUUAAUAGUAGUUCAUGUUUUUCUUUAAUUAUAUAGAGUUGUUAUCAGUAUAUUAAAUAUAUUGGGGGAGAGGAUGCAUAUUAUGCAUUUAAAUGUCACAGUUUUUCCGAUUGAAUUAUCCUUGGUCCUGGCCAGUUGCGAUUUAGGAAUGGGGUAAGUUGUUUAUGUAUAGUAUUAAAUACAGUACAGUAAUGGAGAAGUCAUAAAAUUGCAGAUUUUUGUUUACGCUUCCCCAUCAUGGGUCCAUUUAUCUGAGAUUUUAAAUAUCUUGCAGUUUAAAAUCACUAUAAAAAUUUACAUUUUUAUUUUGACAGUUAUUUCCAAAAUGUAUCAUUAUACAUGUCACUUAUGUUCUAAGUGAACACUGACUGUAGGAUAAUCUCGUUUCCUUCGAACAAAACACUCAUGAAAAUGUACAUGAAAAUAUUUUUGAAUAAUAAAUUUAUUUAAAUUACUUUUGGAUUUUCCCCCUUAAUAAGCCCCUUAUUCAAUUUUUAGAGAAGUUAUUUGAAUCUGAAUUGUUACAUUCUACUGUGUUCUUAGGCUUAGAUUGAUUUUAAUGGUGUUUUCCCCUGAUAAUUCUUCAAGUACUUUUUUGUUGUUUCUGGGCGAAUUAUUCUUGAAAUGAUGAAAUACUAACAAUUUUAUAAAUUUAAAAGUUGAUGUCCAGAGCAGGCUAGCUAUGUCAGUCAGGGUCUGAGAGUAGAAACUCCUAAAGUUGUAUCCCAAACUGUACCUUUUUUUUUUUUUUUUUUUUUCUUUACUUGGAAACUAAGUAUUAGAGGAACACACAAAAUAAGAAUGGUCGUGAUUCCCCUGCUUUGCAACAAAAACUUGACUAGAAAAAGUCGUACCUAAAAUCUGUGUAGAUGGUGUUCUAAUUAAUUACCGAGUUAAGCAAGUUCAUAAACUUAGGUCUUUGAAAAUCCAAGGUUUAUGAUGUAAAUGAAGAUUAAAAGUAGAACCAAAUACAGGCUUCUGAUGCUACCUGUAUUUCCACCACAGGAAAUCAUCAUAAUCGUAGAGUGAGGAUAAGAGAUACAAAUUCUAACUAAGCUUAUUUUCUGUUGUAGUGAUAUAAAAAGAGCAAUGACCUAAUAUUAAUUUUUCUUUCCAGCACCUUAGACUAUCUUCUCUCCAGGCUUCAAUUUCUUUAUCUGUAAGAUGAAGGCAUUGCCUUGAUUUCUGAUUCUGGAGUUUCAAAUUGAGCACUUCAAUAGUUAUACUUAGAAGACUUAGUAAAAUUUAUAGAUUUAAGUUUGAAUCCUUAAGAUAUAUCUAGAAACACAUUUUCUUGUCAAGGGAAAAGAUCUUUUCUUAAAUAGCCUGAACACUGAGAGUGUAUUAGACCAGAAAUUUUAAAAGUCCUAUUUCUGUAACUCCUCAGAAAUAAAUUUGGUACAUGAAAAUUUAUUAUGAGAAAGCUUAAAACAAACAUUUAUUGCAUAUUGCUAACAAUGGUAGUUAGGGAGGAAAAGAACAUUAGGAAGACACUGGUGUUCUAGAAGCUUACAACAUUUUGAGGUAAAUAAGAUAAAUCCAUUCAUUAAACUCCUAGGGAACAUGCAAAGACUAUAUUCAAAAUAGUUCAGAGCAGAGAAGGUUGUAUACCCUCAGAGAUGCCUUAACAGGCUAUUAUGAUCUAGAGUAGGUUUCAUAGAGAGUAUUAUCAACACCUGUGAUUAUGUAAAACAUUAGAUUCCUAUAGCCUUUUUAACAUUAAUUUUAGCUCUGUAAGAAAUGGUCAGUAGAGCAAUUUCUGAUACUUUAAUGGUACCAUUUUGAUGACACUAUUGAAUACAGGAGUUGUUAAAAAAUAGCAAGCACUCUCACUAUGCAUUAAAGAUAAUUCUAAAAUGUAUUAAAUCACAUUGAAUCAAGGUGAGUAAUCCAACUUCUCGGUUACCUAGUAUGGAUGGUUACAAGGUUCAAUAUAAUAUAGGUGUGUGUGUGUGUUUUUAAUUUAAACCACUAAGGAUUUUUUUUUUUUAAUAGCCAUUGCUUUUGGAAAUAGAAUCUCAAAUAUUUUCUAAGUCAUGAGUGUACUUACUUUUAACCCAGUAAGCAAGAUGAAACCUUUACAUUUUGAUUACAUAGUUGUGGUUCUAAAUUGAUGUCAGCUUACAGUGAUAGUAUAUAGCAUGAAGCUUUAAUUGGUUUUAUUUUUUACUAUACCCAUUGCUGUCGAGCCAAUUCCAUCUCAUAGCUACCCCAUAGGACAGAGUAGAACUGCCCAUAGGGUUUCCAAGGAGUUGGCUGGUGGAUUUGAAGUGCUGACCUUUUGGUUAGCAGCUGCACACUUAACCACUGUGCCACCAGGGCUCCUUAUACUACUAUAAGUAUACUCUAAUCCCUUAUCUGAAACCCUUGGGGCUUCAAAAUUCAGGACCUCCCCAUGAUUAUGUAUUAACCUUCAGUGGAGCCAGAGCAACAUCCCAUAAUCAAACAUCAAUAUUUUGCAGCAGUAUAUCAGAUAUACUAACUGUAUUAAGUCUGUAGAUAGCCUUAUGUAUAUAGUUCAGGUUCCUUUUUGUCACAAACUUAAGAAAAAAACUAGUUUCUCAGAGUUUUUUGCGUUUGAGAAUUGUGGAUAAGGAAUUGUGGAUCUGUGUAAGAAAGCUGAUUUUUUUUUUUUUUUUUUUGCUUAGUUUUGAUAAAAAUAACUGAAAGUUUUCUGAAAAUUUUGCAUAUUAGGUUUUAAGAAAAAUGCAUGGAAUGCCUAGAACAGGCAUUAAUAUCAGUGGCAGUAUUGAGUCAUUAUUGAAUUCUGAAGCACUUAAAAUAACUUUGUUUUCUUACGCUUUCUAUUUUGCUCCAAUUUGCUGCGUUAUAAGUAUUCAUAAAUGCAAUAUACCUUAAUGAACAGCUGCAGUCAUGUCAUGGAGCCAGACGUUUAUUCAUUCAACAAGUACUUAACCGACUAUUCUUUCAGGUACUAACCUAGGUACUGGGACUACAAGAAGAUGUAAAACCUAUCCCCUUCUCUAAAGGACUUGGUCUAUUUGGGGAGAAAUGGAAGUAUGAUGGAAAGUUGGAGUUGUUAGAUGACAACUGUUUGAGCACAAUCACUGGUAGUUGCCAUUGAGUCGGUUUUCAACUCAGCAACCUAUGUGAUAGAACUGCCCCAUAUAGAGUUUUCUAGGCUAUAAUCUUUUUACAGGAGAGAAUGAUGUGGCAGUCUGCUUCUGUGAAGACUACAGCCUAGGAAACCCAGUAGGGAAGUUCUUCUCUGCCUGACAGGGUCACUGGAGUUGGAAUUUGUGGUGUAAUCUUUACAGAAGCAUGUACACUGUGUUUUUCUCCCACAGAGCAGCUGUAUGGGUUCAACUGCCAAGUUUUCACUUAACAGCUAAGCUCUUAACCAGGGCUCCUUAACUAGUAGCAUACAGGUAAAGGGACUAAUGACUGAGGUCAAGUAAUUUAUCCAAGAUGCUAUUCUUAAUGAGACCAGCUCAUGUGUCUUGUGAUUACAUGCAGUUCCAGAUUUUGUUACAACAGUGUUUCCCAUUCUGGAAAGGGAGAGGUACCAGCCACUUUUAGAAUGCAGGGAUAGGUGAAAAUUGAAAAAUAGUAGUGAACAUCUACCAGUUUGGAGUCCCUGUCUGGUACAAACAGUUAACAUGCUUGGCUGCUAACUGAUGGGUUUGAGUCCACCCAGAGGCACCUCAAAAGAGAGCCCUUGUGAUCUACUCUGGAAAAAUCAACUGUUGACAACCCUAUGAGCACAGUUCUACUCUGACACGAUGGGGUCACUAUGACAACUGAAAAUAUAUGCGUGUGUGUAUAGGAGCCCUGGUGGUGCAAUGGUUAAGUGCUCAGCUGCUAAUCAAAGGGUCAGUGGUUUGAGCCCAUCAGCAGCUCCACAGGAGAAGAGACGAUCUGCUCCCAAGAUUUACGGCCUAGGAAACUAUGAAGCAGUUCUGUUUUGUCCUGUAGAGUCACCAUGAGUCAGAAUCGACUCUGUGGCACACAACAUGUAUGUAUGUAUACAUACACAUUGAAGACUCAAAAAUCUUAAGAGGUUAUUGUUGUUUUCCAAUUCAAUUUUUAAUCAGCUACCUUGCUCUUAAAGAGCAGAACAUAUUUUAUUGGAACUCAUGGAGAUAGGGAAUUUAUUUUCUUCCUGCUGUAUCCCACACACCUAGAAAAGUUUCUGGCACAGGAGUUAAUGUUGAAUGAAUCAAUGAUUAUAAAUACUUUUAAAUUUAGAAACUUUGAAGAUAUUGGAAAUAUAACCUAUUAUCCAUGAAGAAAUGCCUAUUUUUUGGUGUGCUUUUGAGAGUGUCUCUCAUGUGUCUGUCUAUAUGGGGCUGCCUAUGUGCCUGACUUGCCCUGCAUACUCUUACCUCUUAAGUUCUUCCAUUUGUGAGGGUCAGGGGGACUGGGAUCUCAGGCUUAAAGGUUUCUAGUGGUGCUCAAAAUACAAACGCUUAAAAAUCACUUGUGACAGUUUGUUUUAAGGUACAUCCCCCCACCCCCUGCCCCCAGAGACAGAUUUAGUAGAUGUGGGGUGGGUCCCAGAGGGCUGCAUUUUUAACACUUGAGUAAAAAACCUAAAGACCUACAGUGCAUAAGUUGGAUCACUAGCAUUUUUUUUUUCUUUUAAAUGAAUAGAAUUGAACAGGUUAGAGCAUAAUAAAGGUUUGUUUUUCAAUGAAAUUUGCUUCAUACUCAACAAGUGGCUAUAUAAAAUACAGGUAGUCCCUGACUUACAACAGGGUUGCAUUCCGAUGACCCUGUUGUAACUUGGCUCUGAUGUAAGUCGAAUAGUUUUUUUUGUUGUUGUUGUUGUUUUUUUUUUUUUUCAAUUUUCAUUAUUAUUGCCUUAUAUUUUCAGUAUUUUUAUAAAUCUGAUACUCACUUUUGGGGAUUAGGAAUGUUACAUAUAAGCUUACAGAUACGAUGACAUCAGCAAAUUAUGUAUCACAACAUUGUAUGUGGUGCAUAUUACUAAAGAUAAGACAUACAAAAAAAAAGCUAAGUGCAGUUCAGUGUAACACUGGGGACUACCUGUAUAUUUUUUUACGGUUUUCUGUUAAAGUUUUGCUGUCUUCCCCUAGGAGGUUCUUUGAAGGUGUUUCAUGAUCACAGAUCACACUAAGAAACACCAGAAGGAUUUGAUACUAGUAUGUGCCUCCAAUUUUAUUUUCAAACACCACUUUCUUAAUUUCAUGAACAUUGAUGUCUAGAGAGAUGGAAACUACUGGGACCCAUGCGUUUUGUUCUGCCAUAAUGUUGCUAAGUAGCUAGUCACAAUUAAUUUGGUGAAUUAUUUGAAAGAGUCCUGUUUCUAUGCCUGUUUUCUGUAAGUUUCAGAUGUUCCCCUCCAGCCAAGAGUUGGCAGUGGGAAUAAUAGCUAUAGUUAUUGGAGUGCUUACGGUGCCAACACAUGAGGUAUUGUUGGUAUUAUUAUCCCCAAUUUAAAGAUGAGUAAAUGCCCAGGAUCAGACAACUAGUAAAUUGUGAUCCAAAUGGGUAGGUCUUUAUAUCUGAAAGCACAUACGUGUUCCAUCAUCAAUUUGCUGUCCCUUUUACUGUGAUAGACAUAAAAUGGAUAAUCCAUCCAAUUUCUAUCCCAGUCAGCCCUGGACUUCUUUUCAUUGAUACAGCAAUUGUUCAUUAAACAUGGCAUAAACUGCACUAAGUCCUGGAUAUAUGUUAAUGAACAGAAGACAUAAGAGAAGUUUAGAGAGUGGUAGAGAAGAACACAUUAAACAAAGACAAAUAUAUAAUUUGUUGUAAUACAUGUAAAAAGAGCAAACACGGUGCUGAGAAUAUAAUGAACUACUAAUUUAGAUCUGGGAAUUGGAAAAGUCCUAUUAAGCUGAGAACUGAAGGAGACCUGGAGAGGUAUGUUCUCGGCCUACUGAACACCAACCCUUCUGAAGGUUUUAAUGCUCAAGGAGGCUUGAUAAAGUAAUGUUUUUGUGAGGGAAGGGGACAUUGGCUUGAAAUAAAAGGCUGAUGCAGGGUGUGCAAGCCAUGUUAUGGAUUAUAGGUUUUAUCUCAAAUGCAAGGUGAACUUAUUGUUUUGUGUGAAGAAAGUGAUGUCUAACAAUUUUAAAAUAAACCACUUGGCUAUAAGGUGGAGAGGGCAAGAGUUACAGUAUCUCAGCUAACAAUACUGUCUUUGAUAAGGUGGUGGUAAAAGGGAAUAGAUUGUAGAUAUAUUUUGGUCAGGAGGCUAUCGGAUCAGUCUGGUUAAAGAUACUAGCUUGGAUAAAGGCAGUAGUGGAACUGGAGAUGAGUGAAUAGAUUGAAGAUAUAUUUUGAAGGUAGAAUCCAUGAGAGGUAGAGUUACUGUUGUUCCUCAUACAAACCAUCUUGAAGUGAUGGUAGCAUUUUCUCACUAAGCAAAUUUAAGCUAUUUUUCAAAUAAAUGAGUGCAAACGCACAGUUAAAAAGCUAGAUUGUCCCAAAUAAAGUGAUAAUUGUAUACCUGACUCUUCCCGAGGAACCACAAAUCCAGGUUGGAAAUUAAGUUAAAUUAGAAAGACCUCCAGAUUCAUGGCAUAUUGAACUUAUAUUGGAAAGUUGUUUCAAUAAGUUGCCUUUCAAGUAGUUUUUCUGUAAACAAACGAGUUGUGAUGCUCAAGUUUCAAUAGUCAUUAAAACCUUGCUUAAAGUGGGUGCAAAAAUAAGGGUAUUUAUAAAUGUCAAUUUUAAAUUGGUGAGUUCUAUUUAGCAGAUUGAAUGCCUACAUCUGGCAGAUUGAAUACAUGCGUCCCUCGAAAACCCUGUUAAAAGGACAGUAAAGGAAAAAACAAGAGUAUAAAACACGACGGCCCUGGGGUUUUUGGGUAUAAACACCCAGAGACAAAAGUAACCAGUGAACAUACAGCAAAAUUUUAGAUAAUGAUUAAGUGGAAACUGACUUAGCAGCAGGGUUUCUGUUUCUUUCCUGUUUGAACCUCUGCUGAGAAUUUGCAUUUCCAGCCCCCACCAAAGAAACCCAGUGCUGUCGAGUCGUCCAGCCCCCAGAUAUACUGAAUCAGAAUCUACAUGUUAACAAGAUCCCCAGAUGAUUCUUAUGAAUUCUUAUAAAUUUUGAGACCUACUUCUCUACUAGUGGUUCUCUGAAUUGGUCCCUAACCAGCAGCAUUAGCAUCGCCUGGGAACUUUUUGGAAAUGGAAAUUCUGCUUAGAGCUAAUAAUAACACUUAAAGCACUUACUCUGCCUAUUCCAACCCACGUCUGUGGAGUUGAAUGGGCUUAGAGGAAAGCUGAUUGUUCUCAUUGUAAAUUCAUAAACAUGAACAAUGCUGCUAUCGUGUAUUCAUGUCUCACCCUGCUAAAUUACUAUUUCGUUCCUUCUCUCUCCUCAAAUCUCUAACACUUCCUCCCCCACAAGCUCAGUUUUCAGCAAACUUUUUCUUUGAGACCAGAGAGUAAAUAUUUUAGUCUUUGCGGACCAAGAGCAAAACCGGGGGUAUUUUGUAGGUAUUUAUAUAACCAGAGAAAACAAAUGUCCACGAUUUUUAUUGACAAAAUUCAAAAUAGAGUACACUUUUUUAUAAUUUUUUAUAAUUCCUCAGUGCACCUGAACCUGUUGCCAUCAAGUCGAUUCCAACUCACGGCUACCCCUGUAGGACAAAGUAGAAUUGCCCUGUAGGGUUUCCUUCUCAAUGCACGGUUAAGUGGAUUUUGAAAUAUGAAAUUACCUUUGCACUUGGAUCAAGGUCUGAAAAACUGGUACUGUAGCUUGGAAAAUAUAUCUGUUGUAAAUUUGUGUGGGAUGGAGAGCUCGCCUCCUUUAACUUUUGGCAGCAUGGGACAUGUAUAUAUAAAGUAGCAUAACAUCACUUGUGAUUCAAACAUUAGUUCUUGGAAAUGAAUUUAUUGCAGUAUGAGUUUUGCGUAUAAGGACUUUUUUGCGUUGUAAUUUUAGGCUGAAUUCAUUAGGAAACAUCAAGUCUAACAACAGCAAAUUUCAAAAGCUUAAAAAAUCUGGCCCUGAGCUUUAAAAAAAUCACAGUAAAACUAUUACUGCUAAGUCAUCCAACUGCUGUGUGGUACGGCAAGUCAGGAUAUUCAGCUUCUAUAUCUGACAAAAUUUACAGAAAUUGGCAAUGGUGGUGCAGUGGUUAAGAGCUCAGCUGCUAACCAAAAGUUUGGUGGUUUAAACCCAAUGAACCCACCAGCUGCUCCACAGGAGAAAGAUGUGGCAGUCUGCUUCUGUGAAGAUUACAGCCUUGGAAACCCUAUGGAGCGAUUCUACCCUGUCCUGUUGGGACAGUUCUACCCUGUCCUAUAGGGUCGCUGUGAGUCAGAGUCGACUCAAUGGCAACAGGUUUGGUUUGGUACGGGUUUUUCUUGUUUUGGCAUGAUGGUCAUACACUGGUAAAAAAAAAAAAAAAAAUGGUAUAUGGCAAAACGCAUGGCACUCAAACACUGUCAUAACUGCAUCACAGUGAUUUGUAGUGUGCAGCUUUGCAAAGUUGAGAGCGUCACAUAUGGUCUCUGUCACAAUUGCCCAAUUCUGCCACUGUAGCACAAAAGCCACCAUAGACAAUACAGUAACAAGUGAGUGUGGCUGUGUUCCAAUAGAACUAUGGACACUGGAGCUUGAAUCUCAUGUAAUUUUGAUGUGUCACCAAAUACAAUUCUUUUGAUUUUUUUCAACCGUUUAAAAAUGUGAAAACCACUCUUAGCUAGUGUGCCAUACAAAAAAGGCAGUGAAUAGGAGGGCAUUAUGCCAAAUGAAAGAAGUCACAAAAGGACAAAUAUCGUAUGAGACCAUUACUAUAAAAAUGUUUACAUACAAAAAAUCUUCAAUGGUUACAAGGCAGGGGAGGAGUAGGAGGGAAAAACACUAAAUAGACAAUAGAUACGUGAUAAUUUUGGUGAAGAGUAAGACAGAACACAAUAUUGGGGAAGCCAGCACAACUUGUACAAGGCGAGGUCAUGGAAGCUCCAUAGACACAUCCAAACUCCCUGAGGGACCAAUUACUGGGCUGAGGGCUCUGGGGACCAUGGUCUUGGAGAACAUGUAGCUCAACUGACAUAGUUUAAAAAGCAAGUGUUCUUUGGUGAGUAGCAUCUGGGGUCUUGAAAGCUUGUGAGUGGCCAUCUUAAGAUACUCCACUGGUCUCACCGCAUCUGGAGCAGGAAAGAAUGAAGAAAACCAGACACGAGAAAGAUUAGUGCAAAGGACUAGACCACAAGUACCACAGCCUCCACCAGACUGAGUCCACCACAAUAAGAUGGUGCCCAGCUACCACCACUAACUGCUCUGACAGGGUCACAAUAUAGUGCCUCAGGCAGAACUGGACAAAAAUGUGGAACAAAAUUUUAAUUCACUAAAAAAAAAAAAAAAGAC